AUGCACUGCCAUGCGGAGGUGAGGCUGAGCUCGCCCGGCCAGCUCAAAGCAGCCAGGCGGCGCUACAAGACCUUCAUGAUCGACGAGAUCCUGUCCAAGGAGACUUGCGACUACUUCGAGAGACUUUCCCUCUACUCCGUGUGCCCGUCGCUGGUGGUGCGACCCAAGCCCUUGCAUUCUUGUACGGGCUCAGCUUCCCUUCGGGCAUACCCGCUCCUCUCAGUAGUCGCCAGACAACCCACAAUCAUCUCUCACCUGGUCCCUGCUGGCACCGGGAUCAGCCCAGCCUUGCCCCACCAUGUGGCCUCCGAGGCUUCUAAUGCUGAGGCCCCAGGUGAGACACUGGGCAGCAGUGAGUCGGAGACGGAACAGCCAGCCCCACGACAGAAGAAGCCUCGGAGGAGCCGCACCAUCUUCACAGAGCUGCAGCUUAUGGGCCUGGAGAAGAAGUUCCAGAAGCAGAAGUACCUGUCCACACCGGACAGGUUGGACUUGGCCCAGUCUCUGGGCCUCACUCAGCUACAGGUGAAGACAUGGUACCAGAACCGCAGGAUGAAAUGGAAGAAAAUGGUUCUCAAAGGUGGACAGGAAGCACCCACCAAACCCAAAGGCCGCCCCAAGAAGAAUUCCAUCCCCACCUCGGAGGAAAUCGAAGCAGAAGAGAAGCUGAACAGCCAGAGCCAGGCAUCCCCAGAGCCGGGCCAGGGCCAAGAAGAGGCCCGUGAACCUCAGGAGUCCCAGGCCUGCACUGAACCCCUGGAGGUGGUGGAGCCUCCCAGCCAGCCCCAGAAGCUACCCACGGCCUUGCCUUCAGAACCCCCACCAUCCAGCUAG